CGCGAGUGUAGACAACACUAAAGGACAUAACAAUGCUGUUUUCAUAGAAUUCCUCGCUGUGUUAUACAUUUAAAAACUCGUUUAAAACGCUAUUCUUCGUCUCCAAUUGUGUACAAUGGCGGGUGUCAUGGAAACAGAGGAACAGGCGAGGAAUCGUUUCCAGUCGGAACUGGAGUUUGUUCAGUGUUUGGCCAACCCAAAUUACCUGAACUUUUUGGCUCAAAGAGGCUACUUGCGAGAAAAACCUUUUGUGAAUUACCUGAAGUAUUUGCUUUAUUGGAAAGAACCAGAGUACGCCAAAUUCCUCAAGUAUCCUCACUGCCUGCACAUGUUGGAGCUGUUGCAGUAUGAGCAUUUCCGGAAGGAGCUGGUGAACGCCCAGUGUGCCAAGUUCAUAGACGAGCAGCAGAUCCUGCACUGGCAGCACUACUCACGCAAGCGCACACGCCUUCAGCAGGCUCUCGCCGAGCAGCAGCAGCAGCAGCAGCAGCAGACGGCUCCGCACGGCAACGCCGCCUCGAAAUGAAGCCAAAGCUGUCGCGCACCGGCUUAGUGAAGCGUACGUACACCGUGCCUCACGUCACGUUAUCAGGAAGCGAGUGUAAAUAUUGUACAGUUUAACGUAUUCUGUGUGAAGAGACUGAAAGUUGGUCUGUAGAGUUUUGUGAUUAAGAAUAUCCGAAUGGAAUACGGUAAACCCGUGAUGUCACCAGGACGAUAAAAGUUAAAAGCUUAUACGUUACAUGUUUUUGUCUAAUCGCAAUGUCAAGGUGCUUUUAUUUUCAAUCGUCACAGCCUCUGUUUUUCGUAUUCGGUAUACAAAAUAAAGACUUUUGUAUGA